CCACCGAGUGUUUAAAGGCGCACACCACUAUUACGGCAGUACUAAAAACAGAACGAAUUUGUAUAGAUUAAAUUCUACAUUCCCUUUUGUUACCUUAUCAAAAUUGUGAUUUUUGUACAAAUAUAUUUUGAUAUAUGAUCGUUUAACCGUCAGUUGCUUGAAAUUCUUCGGUCUUUUUUCCUGGAAGUAGCCGAAAUGUUUUUAGCAUCAACAUAAUGAUGAUGCUAACGUUUGGUUUACGUUUAGCUACAAAAAUCGGUUAAAAUCGACGAAGACAUGCGUAAAUGUUAAAAACCCAUAGUGUCUUUUGUUUAUGUCGACAUAAUUUUUGAUGCCGUUUCGAAGCUCAUCGACAUUCUGAUAAGUUUGAUUGUUUGGUUGAAGACGGAGCCUGAGCUCCGCAGACCGUCGUGGGCAGGAAGGAAGCUGACGGAGGGGCACGCGCUUCCCGCGGGAUGAAGUCAUGACUGACGCGAUGCUGCUGUUGCUCAACAGCUCUCGGCUUUCAGCGUAGCGGCGCAGAGGUCUGUUCAGAGCGGGGAGCGGCGUCAACAUGCCGGGGAUGGUGGCCUUCGGGCGGCGCUGGGUGAUCGCCAGCGAUGACCUGGUCUUCCCGGGAGCCUUUGAGAUCUUCCUCCGCGUCCUGUGGUGGCUCGGAACACUCAUCCUGUUCACUUUUCACAAGGGGCGCUUCGACUGCAGAGGGGGGGCCGUCCUGCACGCCUACCUGGUGGGGCUGCUGGUGGUGCUGAUGCUCAUCAUCCUCUGUUUGUGUGCCAUCGUCUUCGUCAGUGCUCAAGGCACCAUCACCAACCCCGGCCCGCGGCGCUCCAUGCCCGCGCUGGUCUACCUGCGGGCGGCGCUCUACCUGCCCGAGCUGGUGUGGGCCUGCAUGGGGGCCGUCUGGGUGUCUGACAGCGGCGGGGGCUGCGACCCCGCCACCGUGGCUGCAGUCAUUUCUGCUGUGGUAGCCAGCUGGGUCAUCCUGCUGUUCACAGGGGUGGGGGUGGUCUUCGUCUUUGACCCGAUGGGCAGUUCUGGCCGUCAGCCUGAGCUCACGGAGCCGCUGGGGGUGCGCGACAUGGAGAGCAGCGAGGGCGCCCAGUUCUUGUCCACGGCUCGCUCCGUGGCGGCGAAGGUUUGGGAAUGCCGCCUGCGGCUGCUCUGCUGCUGCCUGCCGCAGGACGAAGGCCACAGAGCCGCCUUCGCCAGCAUCUCGCAGCUCUUCAGCGACUUCUUCUCUGACACAGAUCUGGUUCCCAGCGACAUCGCCGCCGGUUUGGCUCUGCUGCAUCAGGAGCAGGAUAAGGUGGAGCUGAGCAGAGACCCGGACGGCGUUCUCUCUCACAGCCCCUCCUCCCCGAUUGAGCAGGACCUGGAGGCGGAGCUAGAGAAAGCGGCUCACUGCAUGACCUUUGCCGCCGCGGCGUACGGCUGGCCGCUCUACGUUUACUCCAACCCGUUCUCGGCGCCCUGCAAGCUCAGCGGCGACUGCUGUCGGAGCCACGCCGGAGACUACGACAUCGUGGGCGGGGACCACCUCGGCUGCCACUUCGCCUCCAUCCUGGAGAGCACCGGGUUGCAGUACCGGGACUUCAUCCACGUCAGCUUCCACAACCAGAUCUACGAAAUCCCCUUCUUUGUGGCUCUGGAUCAUAAGAGAGAGGCGGUGGUGGUGGCGGUCAGAGGGACUCUCUCCUUAAAGGACGUCCUGACGGACCUGUCCGCCGAGUGCGAGCAGCUGCCCGUGGAGGGCGUGUCCGGAGCCUGCUACGCCCACAAGGGCAUGUGCCAGGCGGCGGGCUACAUCUACAGGAAGCUGGUGAACGACGGCAUCCUGAACCAGGCCUUCUCCAUCGCCCCGGAGUACAAGCUGGUGAUCACAGGUCACAGUCUGGGCGCCGGCACCGCCUCCGUGCUCGCCAUCCUGCUGCGCAGCUCCUUCCCCACCCUGCAGUGCUAUGCCUUCUCUCCACCAGGGGGCCUCCUCAGUAAAGCUCUGGCUGAUUAUUCCAAAGGUUUCGUGGUCUCCAUCGUCCUGGGAAAGGAUCUGGUUCCCAGACUGAGCAUUCCCAACAUGGAAGACCUGAAGAAGCGGAUCCUGAAGAUGGUCUCAAACUGCAACAAGCCCAAAUACCGCAUCCUCCUGCAAGGGUGCUGGUACGAACUCUUCGGGGGCGACCCGGACGAUUUCCCCACCGAGAUGGACAACAGGCGCGAGGAGACGCUCCGCCAGCCGCUGCUCGGGGAGGAGUCCCUCAUGAUUCGCCACUCCUCGUCCUAUCAGAGCCUGGCGUCCGACGACUCCCCCGCCCACGCGCCCGUGCACUUCCCCCUCUUCCUGCCAGGCCGUGUGCUGCACGUCACUGAAGACGGACCAUCGCGGAGGUCCUGCUUCUCCCAGGUCCGGUACCGGGCAGAGUGGUCCAGCGAGAUGGCGUUCAGGAGUAUUUUGAUCAGCCCCAGGAUGCUGUCGGAUCACAUGCCCGACAUCGUGCUGGGGGCGCUCAACAGCCUGACCCGCGACCGCUCCUCCCCCCUCUGUGCCCCCGGAAGCAGCCGGAACAACAGCGGCUGAGACCUGGAGGCCCGACGGCGCUUUAACCCUCCAUUUUAUUUCACUCAGCGAUUUUAUUUGGUGUGGUCGCAGCGGCGGUGGAGGGGAAACGGAGGAUGAGGCCGACUGGUUCUGCUGCACUUUUAUUUUGAAGAGGCGUCUUCGUUUUGACGGCAGAACCUGCCGUGACGCGUGAAUGUGGACUGUCGUGUUCUGUGCUGUUUUGGCAUCAGAGGGAGGGGGGAACCGCUCAGCGGGUUUACAGCGUCCUCCUCGUCUGGGCGGGCAGAGCCGAGGAGGGGGUCAUCUGUGCUGGGUGGGGGCUGUCAUUUCCUUAAAUCAGCUGAUGUCUGCAUAAAGUUGCUUUCAAUGCCUUCACACAAAUAAAGGCAUUGAUGACAAACC